AUGUCGCCAGCUGGUCCCCCACACGGUUUCCAGCAGGACCCGGGCGGGGUGCUCUACGAAUGCCUGGCCCUGGGCUGCUGGGCGCCGCCUCCCCGCGCGCUCGAGCCCGAGCCGCGGCCCCGCCCGGCCACCCCCUGGCCUGGCCGAGACGGGGCGGGGCCCUGCGGGCGGGAGGAGAAGUUCUGCCCUCCCGAGGGCGCGGGGGCGCCGCGGUCCCGGCAAGAUGGCGCUGGCGGCGUGGAGGCGCGUCCUGCUGCGCGGCCCCGGCUCGGGCGCGUGGAGGCGGUGGACGGCGCGCGGCGCUUCGCGAACCACCGGGUGCUGGUGGAGCCGGCGGCGGCCGCAGGGGUUGCUGUGAUGAAGUUCAAAAACCCCCCGGUGAACAGCCUCAGCCUGGAGCUUCUGACAGAGUUCGUCAUCAGCCUGGAGAAGCUGGAGAACGACAAGUCCUUCCGAGGUGUCAUCCUGACUUCGGACCAUCCAGGCAUCUUCUCUGCAGGCCUGGACCUGACGGAGAUGUGUGGGCGGAACCCAGUCCACUACGCCGAGUACUGGAAGGCUGUACAGGAGCUGUGGCUGAGGCUCUACCUGUCCAAUCUGGUGUUGGUGGCCGCUAUCAAUGGCGCCUCCCCUGCUGGAGGCUGCCUGAUGUCCCUCAGCUGCGACUACAGAAUAAUAGCUGACAACCCCAAGUACACCAUAGGACUGAACGAGACCCUGCUGGGCAUAAUUGCCCCCUUCUGGUUCAAAGACACCCUCGUGAACACCGUCGGGCACCGAACUGCAGAGCGUGCCCUGCAGCUGGGGAUGCUCUUCCCACCAGCGGAAGCUCUCCAGGUGGGCAUGGUGGACCAGGUGGUGCCCGAGGACCAGGUGCAGAGCAAAGCGCUCUCGGUGAUGGCCCAGUGGAUGGCCAUUCCAGAGCACGCAAGACAGCUGACCAAGAGCAUGAUGCGAAAGGCCACGGCAGACAGCCUGGUUAAGCAGCGGGAGGCAGACAUCCAGAACUUCGUCAGCUUCAUCUCCAGAGACUCCAUCCAGAAGUCCCUACACAAGUACUUAGAAAAACUCAAGCAAAAGAAAGGCUAAGCAAAGCCAGGCUGCCACCAGCCACAUGGGCCCAUCGGGCUCUGCUGGCCUCAAGGGGAUUAUAAACAAGGUAGUUUUCAAUUUAAAA